AACGAAGAAAGCUGGCGGCGACGACUCGAUGGUGCAGACAGGAACAGACGAAACACGCACGUGAAGCGGUCUCCAGAAGCAAGAGGACGGGUCGAAGAAAGCCACGGACGCGUUCGAUUUGAACGAAGGAAAAACUUGAGCGCUCGAGGUGAGCCGAAGGUAGCUAGAGCGUGCACGCCGGCGACGCAAGUAAAAAGCAGAAACUGGAACAGAGGUGUGAACUUGGAGGGGUCGGCAGAGAGAAGAGCGCGCUGGAUCGAGGAAGUGCUACCAAAUGUAAGUUUCUUGCGUAGAGUUGCUGUGGCUUGCGUUGUUUGAGGUAAAA